AUGCGAAUUACAACAAUAUGGUGUUCCUCCUCCGCCGCAGAGGGCAGGGCACCGCUCUGGCUGCGGUUACUACUCGUUAGCUGUACCGGUGCAGUCUUCUUCAGCAGCACUGACGUGUUCAAACUCGAUCUCGUCUUGGCUGUUGCAGAAAAAAGAAACAAGGCUUCAUUUCUCCCAGGGAGCACAACGACAAGCGCGCCAGAUGCCGUGUCAAGUCAACGCCAACGCGUGGAGGUCGGCGCAACCGGGGCAGCUGGAGCAUUCGAGCAGGAGAACACGGACGAAGUGGACCAGGAGCACGAUGGGAAACAAGUAUUAAACCAUGCUGACCUCCAUCCCAGAGCCAGAGGUUCUGUCUCUCAUUCUCUUGCGAUGAGCAGCUUUUUACGCACUUUGGAAGCAACGCAAACGGAGGGUGCCACGCUUGGUGAGAGGACCCAGCAAAUACGCGAUUGGUGGAACGGAAACUCCGCGACGUCUGCAACCACCAACAUCACUACUCCCGAUGGCCGCUCCGCUGCAGACAGCGAGUCCGACAGACGCCUGGAGCACGCAGUAUCAAAUGUAAAAAUGUCUGGGUCUGGAAGAUUGCGAGAUAUGUCAUGCAUGUUUCGGAUCACUCAAAUGGCGUCUGAUGCUGGCAAAAGCAUCACAGGUUUUGAGCAAGCGCCAUGAUGCCUGUCCCGCAUGAGAAACUUCCUACUUGCGUGCCAAGAAAUGGACAGCUUUUGGCGCUCAUGCAACACAAAUUUUUGUGUGUUCCAGGGUUUGCAUCACAAGUUCCAACCCUUCCAGACCCAGACACUUUUACAUUUGAUACGCAGACGAAGUCGACGAUGUAGAGAGGGCUGAGAAGGAAAAACUCGCGAUGGUAUCCUGUGCAAAAGUAUCGUACUCGUAGUAAUUGUUAUCAUGCAUGACAGACAUCCAUUUUUAGUUAAAUCAGCAUUACAAAUUCCAUUUUUCUUCUUGAAAAAAAUUGUGAUGCAAUUUAUAGUAGUGCGAUACUUUUGCAAUGCAUAGAUGGCAGCACUGCGCAAUCAUGACGUAGACCACGGGGACGAUGGCAUCCCGGAUGCUAAAAAUGAAGCUGCAAGUCCUCACGCACCCGAAGUCGCAAAGAAGACCCGGUGGGAGCGGAUAAAGGAGUACGGAAAGAAGGUCGGCCAGUUUUGGCUAAACUGGAAAACCAAGACCGGCAACAAUCUGAAUCUCGCCCGCACUCGACUUGCCAUGGGGGUGGGGCGUUGGAUGCCCACCAUUACCCGUCGAGACAAAUGGUACAGAAAGACCAUGCCCAUGGUUGAGCAAGGUCGAAAUUUGACGCAGCAGCUGCUUAUCAAAUGCAAAAAUGUCUGGCUCUGGAAGAAUGCAACUUGUGGCGCUGAUUUUGGAUUGUACCUGAAAUCUGUAUUGCAUGAGUACCAAGAAAGGGAGUCCAAGUUUUGCUACACGGGAAGAGCAUUUGUCAUGCAGAAUACGCAUCAAGAUGCCCUCAAAACAUCUGUGAAGAUGCUAGGGCAUGCAUCACAGACAUGAUGGCUCAUGCAAAACGUGCAUGACAAGUGGCAGAAUCUCGCAGACCCAGACAUUUUUACAGUUGAUACUGCUGCAAAAAUCACCCGAAGAGUGGUACGAACUUGGGGAAAAGCUGCUUAUCAAGAUUAUCCUGAGUAAAAACGUCCCCACACCAGAGUUGUCAUGCAGAUUUGCGAUGACAGGAACAUUUGUAACGCGCAUCGCCAGGAGAGGCAUUUUUAGUCGUGUUUUGGUAUUUGUAAUGCUGUAAACAGGAUGAGCAGAUGGAUUUCUGACGCAGCUGGGCUUCCGAGCCUGCACUACACUUCUAUGGACUGCAACUUGUGAUGCGUGACCCCCAAAAGUUCUAGGCUUGUGUUGCAAAAUCCCCAUCUUGACUCUGGUGCGGGGAUGUUUUUACUCAGGAUAAAGAUGGCCGAUUGGGGCCGCCUACGGAAUCGGCGCAAGACCUCGGAUAUGAACUGUAAAAGUGUCUGGGUCUGGAAGAAUGCAACUUGUCAUGCUAAAUCUGAAGCAUGCAAAAAUCUGUGUUGCGUGAUUACCAAAAGUCGUCCAGUUUUGACCAAUUCGGGAGGGAGUUUCCGAUGCAGGAUAGGCAUGAGAGAGAUCGGACAGAAUCUGUCACGCUAGGUCCUGCAUUCCAGACCUCAUGGGUCAUGGAAAAGCUGCAUGACAAAUCGCGCAGUCUUCCAGACCACCCAGACACUUUUACAUUUGAUAUCGGAAAGAACGUGGACGCCGGAACGAAGCAUUGUCGAGAAGACGGUGGAAUUCACCCAGUAUCUGACGAUUGCGUACAAGUACCUAUGGAAGCGUCAGGUUUGAAAUCGACAAAGUUCAAAUGAUUUGUCAUGCAUAAAAUGCAAGGCAUGCAGUGCCUGUCUCGCCGGGACGGCAAGGGAGGCAGACUAUCAGCCUGCUUAGGGUUUGAAAUAGAGCUGCUAAAGUAGCAUGACAAAAGCAGGCGGCUGUGCCCAAACAGCCUGACAAAUUAUUGGAUUCCGGUGCUCGGAAAAUUUGUCAUGCACCGCUUGAAAAUUGGGCUUCCAACUGGUAUCGAUUUUAUGCAUUACAAGUUAUUUUAACUUUGACGAUUUCAAUCCUGACGCUUCCAUAGUGCCUGCUCGAUAAACUGUACCGAGAUGGCAUCGUCCCGGAGCUCGAGAAGGCAACUCGAUCGCAAAAAGGGAAAAAGCAGACACGCCUUCUGCAAAAGCGCUUCGCUUUGGAACGUGUCAACAAGGUAUUAAUUGAAAUUGAUAGUUAACGCUUUGCCAAACCCUUUUUACCGCGGACUAGCUCCCGGCGACUCGACUCGAUUUUUCGGUUUCACGAUGAAAUACUAUAAAAAAAAAUACAAAAAACACAAUCAUAUGUAGUAUACACAAGGUAAUCGCGUCGCUCGUUUUUUUUUGGUGCAAAUUGAAAUUUCAAUUUGUGAUAACGAAAAAUGAAAUACAAGGUGGUGCAACAGAUAGCCGGGACCGGCAAGCAACUCGCGCACCAUAGACGCGUGGCGUUUCAAGCGGCGAUGCGGAUUGCCGUUUCACUUGGGCAGGGCAAAUGGUUUAUGGACCAAAUGCAAGUUGGUGGCAACGCUGGGGCAGCGACCUGGAGGACCACGCAGUACCACAAACUUGCUAGCGGGAAACGCGCAAUCGCCUUGAAGGAAGGUCAGACUGGCGUGCGCCUGGGUGCGCAGAUUAUUCUCUGAAAAUUUUCCAUCCCCAUCCAGUUUGUCAUCGCAGAAUUUAUGGAGUAGAGUCGGCUUUUCUCCCGAGACCGGUCGGUAAUUUUUGAGGCGACUGUUCGGGGUACUAGCGCGGGAUUUGCUAUGUUGAGGUCGCCGAAAGUUCUUGCUCGCCCUACCCCCAGGGGGGGGAUCCUUGACCUGUGGCGCUGGGUGAGCAGGGUGCCCACUACAUGAUGACGAUGUUGACGAUGAUGCAAAUAAAGAGGGAUCGGGACGGUUAUUAAUUUUCAGGGAAUACAGAUCGCCCACCACACCGACGAAGCUUCAUCGCCGGAACUGUUUACCGUUAAAGAGAUCGAUCGGAGCCCAGCUGCUGCGACUGGGGACCUGUCGCGGAGUACCGUGCUUUUGAGGAAUGAGCAGACCGGCAGUAGUUUGUGGGCGCGCGCGGGCGAGCUGUUCGUCGAGGAGCACCCAAGUGAGGAGCAAACCAUGAUGCUCCCCUCUUGGUCCGAAGUCGGUGGUCUCUCCUUCGAUGACCCGUCGUAUCAAACAAAAAAGUGCUAAAAACGUUAACGGUUAUCAUAGAUUGCAAAUAUGCAUGACAAAUUUUGGCUUUGCCUAGCAUCAGAAUGCAUGCUAAGCAUGACAAAUUUCCGCACGUUUUGUGAUGCAUUACUGCAUGCCAAAUUCGCUCCGCUAACGUUAACACUUUUUGGUGUGAUGCGUCGAAUUGGGCUUUGAUAACAGCAGUGCACCCCAGUUCUCCUGCAGCCCAGAUGGGGAUCCGAGAGGAGGACGAAAUCGUGGCGAUCAACGGCAUCGAAAUGAACACCACCGCCCACGAUGCAGAACUGGUGGAAACCGAAUUAAAAUUACUCCGUGCUGCUUCACAUCAUCAAAACACAAGCGCAUCAACAAGCACAAGCUUGUUAGCUGAAGCCCCAGCCGACCCCGGUCGUCAUGCACAGCAGGCCAAGGAAGAUGCGAAAAAAGAUGUACUAUCCGAAUCUGCUCCGUUCGCCGGCGGCGAUCGUGAAAAAGAACAAGGUGCUCGCGACGGCAAAAGUACGGCCGCGUCGUUGGAAGCAGAGCUGGAAGACAUGCUUGCUGACAUGGAUAGCAAUCGCACGAACAGGGAGAUCAUGGAGCACGACACGACCUAUCCUGUGCAAAAGUAUCGUACUCGUAUAAAUAAAUGCAAGUCUUGCAUUACAAAUCUUGUUCCCAAAGCAAAUCUGCAUUACAAAUCUUAUUUCUCUUGCUGAGAAAAUUUGUAAUGCAUUCAUACGAGCACGAUACUUUUGCAAUUCAUACGACCAAGCGUUUAACUACAACUACCUUGAAAACUUCCGCCGUCGCAGCAGAACUACAGACUUCGUCGCAGCGGGUCGUCUCCUCUGUGCUUGAUGACGCGGUCGUGGGUAGCAUCGUCAAGGCCGCCAACGGGAACCAAAACAGGCACCGCGGCUACGCAUCCGAGCGCGAGUGGGCGACUUCAGCAAACUUGGAAUCCGUGCAACUGAUGUACCGCAGAGUGUCGAUAUCCUGUGCAAAAGUAUCGUACUCGUAUAAAAAUAAAUGCAGGUCUUGCAUUACAAAUUUCUUUAUCAAGGCAAAUCAGCAUUACAAAUUCUAUUUCUCAUGCUAAGGAAAUCUGUAAUGCAUUUAUACGAGUACGAUACUUUUGCACAGCAUAGUCGAACGAGAACGUCGAUCUCCUAUCCACGCGGCAGGUCUUCUAUCCCCCAGAAAAAGACCGACAGGUCAUAUUUGUAAUGCAAAAAUGAAUAGACAAAAAAAUCUGUAUUGCAUGCCCUAAACAGGAUGUUAUGGCCUCGCCCAUGACAGAUUUUCCUGUGUAUUUAUUUUUGCAUUACAAAUAUGACCUGUCGGUCUUUUUCUGUGGGAUAUCUUCGUCUCGGAGCAUGACGAGGAGCCGGAGGAUAUCCUGAGUAAAAACGUACCCACACCAGAGUUGUAAUGCAAAUCUGCAUGCUGAAAAUGUUUCUCAUGCGGAGCCCCAUGAGAAGCAUUUUCUAGUCGUGUUUUGCAAUUUGUCAUGCGCCAAUCAGCAUGAGAUACUAGAUCUGUAAUGCUGCUAAACUAGCUCAAACAGCACUAUACGACGCGGACAAACUUGUCAUGCCAAACAACCAAAGCUGGCUGAUUUGUCUAGCAGAUUCCCCAUCCUGACUCUGGUGUGGGUACGUUUUUACUCAGGAUAGCGGACCACGAUCACAGCCUUUCUCACAGGGACUUAUGGAAGCGUCAGGUUGGAAAUUUGCAAACUGGGAAAUACUUGCGAUGCUUAAAUACGAGGCACGAAGUGCCUGCGUUGCAGAAAUUAAGGCAUGCUCUUACUGUAUCUAUGUAUGCAUGCUCUACUUGACGUGGCUGCGGUCGGUUUAGCUUCUAAGGUUCAUUGCAUUUACUUACUUCCAUUUUCUCGAUUUCCAGCCUGACAAUCCCAUGAACACUAGAACAAGAAUCGGUCGAGUUAUCCUGUGCAAAAGUAUCGUACUCGUAGUAAUUUAAUUUGUGUGUUACAAAUACAAAUUUCUUUCUCAAGUCAAAUCUGCAUUACAAAUUUCUCAUCAUGAGAAAUAUUAAGUUAAUUAAGUUAAUAAAUCAGGAUGACACGCACAUGCUGAGGACAUGAUUUGUCAUGCGAUUUAUACGUAGUGCGAUGCUUUUGCAUUUCAUACGAGUACAACGAAGUGGAUUUCACGUUCUCCCCUGCCUCCAGAAAAACCAUCCAAGAGAGCGACGCGAGCGUCGCUUACGUCCCAACAACCACAAGUCCCAACGCGGCUGACACAGACCACGAACAGGCGACUUUUGCAAGUUUGGAGCAUUUUCAGUCGUCUCUGAACAACCCUGCCGACAUUGCCGACCUAAUGAUCCAGGAGAAUACGAAAGUCUAUCUGAAAAAGCUGGACACGGGCGUUUCUGAUGAGAGCGGCAGGGAGGCAUCAGGGAGAAAAAUCAACUUGCGGAACAUAGUAUCACCCGGUGCAGUGAUAGGAAUGGACACAUACCGAGAGAUGCGAACGAACAGAGUACUUUUUCCACGGGCUGACUCUUUUGAGUGCGUCGAACUGGAAAAGCAGCGCCCAGGAAAGUCCGGGUGCGGCAUCUUUCUGGCGGUGAACAUGAAGGCCGACGAAUUUGGCUACGUUCCCUUUGCCACCAAGGACAAUCCUAUCCUGUGCAAAAGUAUCGUACUCGUGGCAAUUGCUAUCAUGCAUUUCAAAUAUCCCUUUUAUAACUCCUAUUGCUGAGCGGUGUGAGUUAAAACUUUGCGACGGGGACGAAAAUCGUCCACGCCGAAUAUUUUUUUACAAUUUGCAAACUUUCCAAAGCUGUCGCGGUUUGGGAAGUCGCCCAACGCCCAACGGCCAACGGCUUCAAAUGUUUAUUGGCUUCGAGUGUUUGUUUUGCGGCUUCAAAUAUUUCGCGGCUUCAGAUAUUUCGCGGCUUCAAAUAUUUCGCGGCUGCAAAUGUUUUGCGGCUGCAAAUGUUUUGCGGCUUCAAAUAUUUCGCAGCUCGAAAUAUUCUGCAGCCCGAAAUAUUUUCCAGCUCGAAAUAUUUUCCAGCUCGAAAUAUUUUCCAGCUCGAAAUAUUUUCCAGCUCGAAAUAUUUUCCAGCUCGAAAUAUUUUCCAGCUCGAAAUAUUUUCCAGCUCGAAAUAUUUUCCAGCUCGAAAUAUUUUCCAGCUCGAAAUAUUUUCCAGCUCGAAAUAUUUUCCAGCUCGAAAUAUUUUCCAGCUCGAAAUAUUUUCCAGCUCGAAAUAUUUUCCAGCUCGAAAUAUUUUCCAGCUCGAAAUAUUUUCCAGCUCGAAAUAUUUUCCAGCUCGAAAUAUUUUCCAGCUCGAAAUAUUUUCCAGCUCGAAAUAUUUUCCAGCUCGAAAUAUUUUCUAGCUCGAAAAUAUUUCGCGACGCAAAAUAUUCUGCAGGGAGGGUCACUCGGAUCUGCGUGAUCGCGUGGCACUUCCUUACUGAAGUCCCGAAGGAAAAAAAAACCUCAGCUGAUCGCGCGUCCGAGGAGAACAACGCGAUCAGGCAGCCGACGGUGGCGAUCGCAGCCCUGCAAGCUGUACAUGGAUUGCCACCUAUCCUACUGGGAAAUCUUUCCCCUGGGUAGCCAGAAUUGCUGCGCUAAACACAGCAAGUCGGGGAAUACAAGCAAAAUUCCCCCUCGCCGAGCCAGUAUCUUCCCGCUUUCCCAAUAUCCCCUCACUAUCCUGAUACCCUCCCAGCACCCUACUGGGAAAUCUUUCCCCUGGGUAGCCAGAAUUGCUGUGCUAAGCACAGCAAUUCGGGGAAAACCAGCAAAAUUCUCCCACCGCGAACCCGUACUCUACAAAUGCCCCAAUAUCCCCUCACUAUCCUGAUACCCUCCCAGUACCCUACUGGGAGGGAAAUCUGUCCCCUGGGUAGCCAGAAGUGCUGUGCUAAACACAGCAACUCGGGCAAAGCAGCAAACUUUCCCCAGCCGUUGCCAAUAUCCUCCACAUACCCUGAAUAUACCCUCCCAGUAUCCUACUGAAAACCCUCUCCCCGGGUAGCCAGAAUAUCUAUGCUGAGCGCGCCAAUUCGUAAGACUAAAGAGAAGCAAACCGCUAUCAUCCGUUCCCAAUAUCCUGUCAAUAGACCGGUAGCCCCCAACUAUCCCAAUCCCUUCCCGUUAGCCCAAUGUCUUCCCCGGGUAGCCAGAAUAGCUGUGCUAAACGCAGCAACUCGCGAAAAAAACCGAAAAGCCCCGAAAUCUCCCCCGAAAAUGCCCUUGGGCAUCUCCAACCGAAAUUCCGCCUGGAUAUGCCUUGGGGCGUCUUGCUUCGCCUGAAAUUGCAGCAACGCCCGCGCCGCAGAUGCCUUCUCAAUGUGUUUCCAGCUGGAUUCCCAGAUAGAAAUGGAACAGGCCUCUUCAGCUGGAAAUCCAGCUGGAAACACUUUGAACAGCAACAGGCCAGGUGGGAAAUGCAUUGAGAAGGCGUCUGCAGCUGCAUUUCCAGGUGGAAAUGCGCUGCAGCAGAUGCCUUUUCCAAAUGUUUCCAGCUGGAUUCCCAGCUGGAAACGCAUUGAAAACGUCUGCCGCCGUCUGGGGAACGCCGCCGGCGGCCAAGCACCAGGCGAGCAGCUGCCCACCACCCUCCCCCGGCGCCCUCCCUCUGUUCGCGAAGGGAAAGUCGCGCCCCAGCGCCAGGCUUGCGCGCGAGCAGCUGCCCACCACCCUCCCCCGGCGCCCUCCCUCUGUUCACGAAGAGGCCGGCAGAGGGCGCCACCGUCCGCCGUUUCUGUCUUGGAGGGUGCGCGCGAGGGAAGCAGGCGGGGGCGAAACAGAUUGCAUGCGGGCUAACACGGGAGGCGCCGUUGCUGUCCGGGGGUGCUGGGGGAGAAUGGUGGGCCCCUGCGCCUGGGAGGCAAUGAAUGCCCCGCCCCGGCGCCCGUCUAUCUUCCAUCCACACGCGCGGCAGGGGCCGCAACGCGCCCCCGUUCUGCAAAGCCGCGCGCGGGAGCAGGGCGGGGGGCACCAAGGCGCACAGGGGCGGGGCACACAGGCAGGCGGCACGAACGGGCCACACCGCAAACGCGCGGGCGGGGCGUCACGCGCCAGCGCCUCGCAUGGCGCGCACUGUUCCCCUGCUUCCUUCCCCCGUCCACUGGCGGCCGCCCGCUGCCGCGCUUUGCGUUGUUGCUUGGGCCUAAGGCUUGCCGCCACGCAAACGCGCGCCCAGUGCGGGCGGGGUCCUCGCGCUCGCACAACGACGGGAACCACGGGCGCCAUGGCGCUCCGCCUUCGUUCUUUCAGCAAGAGGGGCGCAGAUGCCUGGCCCCGCCCUGCGUCAAAAAUUUUCUCCCUUGCCCCUCUGGCGUUUUUCUUUCCCCCCCGUCCACUCGUUCACCCUCCCACUGCGCGACAUAAGUUGCGGCCUUGUAGGUAAAUCAGCAUUACAACUUCCAUUUUUUUUCUUGAAAAAAUUUGUGAUGCAAUUUUUUAUACUAGUACGAUACUUUUGCAAUGCAUAAAUCCCGAGGGAAGACAAAUUGAAUUCCAGCUGAUGAACCUGGAGUAUCCUGUGCAAAAGUAUCGUACUCGUACUAAUCGCAGUCAUGCAUUACAAAUUCUGUUCUCAUUGUAAAUCCGCAUUACAAAUUUUAUUUCUCAUGCUGAGGGAAUUCGAAUUUGUCAUGCAUUUAUACGAGUGCGAUACUUUUGCAUUCCAUAUGGAGAAUCGAACCGCAAUGUCGUCUUCUCUCGUCGUGAACACCACUACUGCAACUAGUUCAUCGUCUCAGAGCAUUGAAGCAGUAGACUCUGGUGAGAGCAGUGGCACUGAUGUUCUCCUCCAGACGCUGCUCCGCAUCUUUCAGGACCGCAUCAACCGAGCGGCUUCGCCGGCAUCGGACCAGGAAACUACACACCAGCAGGGUGUUGACGUGCUGCAGGGUACCGCUACCGCAUCAGGCUGGACACAGGAAGCGUCGCAAUCGUGGGUUCCCCUUGGGCACGCGAUGCGCGGAAUCCCCCGGCCCAUGUUCCUGACCCUGCGCCCCGUGGUCCAGGAGGAGGUGAGACUCGUCGCGUUGGUCGUGCUACCAGAAGAAGCGCCCGAUCUGGAGAACGCGGACCUGGACUACCAGUACGUAUCAAAUGUAAUGUAAAAAUGUCUGGGUCUGUUCGAUUCUAAACUUGUAAUGCUGUCGCUGGAUUCUAAAAAAAUUUGUAUUGCAUGACCAGCAAAAGGACUCCAGUUUGUGCUACGUGGAGAGGUCAUUUCUCAUGCGGUAGAGGCAUCACAAAGUCCUCUAAAAAUCUGUGAUGCUAGGGCAUGCAUCACAGACAUCAUGGGUCAUUCAAAAUAUGCAUGACAAACCUGGCAAUCUUCCAGACCCAGACAUUUUUACAUUUGAUAGUACGCUGCCCCGGACGAAACUGCCCUCACGAGAAGUGCCCACAUGCUGAUGCAGCUCACGCUCGGCCCUGACCUCAUCACGUGGAGCGAGCCGCUUCGCAUUGAUCCAGCAACGUCGCAAGCGCAGGAAGUGUACGACCCUGUGCAAAAGUAUCUUCGUCGUGAUAUUGAGUUCAAAACAGGAGGUAUUGUUUUGGUAGUAGGUGAAAAUAGAGAGAUCUUGUUGCUGUUCAUCUGUAUGCUGAACGAUAACCUGGAUCGCACCUUUACCUCCCACUUGGACGUGUUGGAGUCGCUUUUUUCAUACCGCAAAGUUGCUUGCAGUUGCAACUGAUAUGCCAUUGCAUAUGCGAUAGCGAUACUUUUGCAGUGCAUAAAGUCGAACCAGACCACCUGACGCAGAAGAAUUCCGUGGAGGGUGCGCAGCUUGCCGCCCUACAUUCGUCAGGCAGCCCCUCAGAAGCCCCCGCGGACGGCGCGGCAGCCCCAGCCACGGAUCUCGUCGUGUGGCUCCAAAAGAGCAUAACCGAACCGGUCCACCUCCUCGUUUUUGCGGUCCUCUACUUCGUUGGUGCGUCCGUGUCCUUCGGUAAGGUAUUUUUGAUGAAUACCCCCCUGGUUCCGCUGCGCCAAGCCCUCUCUUCUGCGAAGAAAAACCUGCACGAUAAAGUCGUAGCCGCCAGAAACUGGCUGAGGAAUAAAUAGAAGAGGAUCUUCUUCACGAAUAAACGGAAACAAGCAUCAAUUACUUUACACUUUAGCACUAUGGAGGGAAGUCUUUGCCGCACAAUGAUGAAUCCCAGAUAUUUCUUAUUCUUUCUACGCUUGACUCAACAUCCACGAAAACGAUCAUCUGAGAUCUCCUGUCCAAGAUAAAGAUACACGACCGAGAACGUCGAAACUGCUAUUGUCACUGAUCGGCGCGCGGGUGACAAAGCACAAAUUGCAAUUGUCAGAAAAAAGAAAGUGUUGAGAUAAAAAAUUGCAAAAUUGAUGUUUCUAUUGGUUAACCGUAAUGUCGAAGUGGAAAAUUGAAGAUUAACAACAUAAACGCUUUUUAUUUGUUGCCGGUGUGUAAAAAAAAAGCUAUCAAGUCAGAGAGACCCCCUUGUAGUUGUAACUAAUACUAACAAACUUUGCCUUUCUUUUCGUAGAAAAAUGUAUACGUCGAAAUGUGAAUGAAUUGAAUCGCAUACUUCGCCUUUGCCUUUGCGAGGGGACCGGUCAUUUGUAUAAUCUUGAAAUUCUGCAAACGCAUGUUGAAUUUCAUCUCAGUCCGAAAAAGAAAAGCGAAAUGGAGCACAAAGAACAGACAACGAAAUGGAGCACAAAGACUGUAGACUGUGCUGCAUCUUCCCGCUUUACGUGCAGCAUCUGCGGGAAAAUUAGAGCGUGUCUCUCCAGUAUCUGUGGGAAAAUGUGGAGCAUCUGCGGAAAAAAGUGUCGUCGAGUCCUCGACCGCCUUCAGUAUACAACUGCUAAAAUAGUUUUACUUCAUUCCAAAGAGAGAGCAAAGGACUCGUG